AUGCAUAUGGAUAUUAUAGCCCGUACGGACCUUUCGGGUCUUAUGAUCCAGGUCCAUUCCAAGCUCCAACAACACCAUAUCAACAACUACAACAUCCACCGCCAUCCCAACAUCCAACCCUACGACUACGUCCACUGCAAGUCCAUUAGAUUCAACCACAACUUCCACUGCAAUUCCGACGUCCACAACAACCGGAACUACUUCAAGUUCCACCGCGAUCCCAACAUCGGACUCUACGACAACGUCCAUUACAAGUUCGUCAACGGAGUCGACGACAACAUCUACUGCGAUUCCCACGUCGACAACAACAACCGAAAGUACCACAACAUCCACAUCACUUUGUCAAUUCCGACGUCCACAACAGCCGGAACUACUUCAACUUCCACCGCGAUCCCAACAUCGGACUCUACGACAACGUCGAUUACAAGUUCGUCAACGGAGUCGACGACAACAUCUACUGCGAUUCCCACGUCGACAACUACAACCGAAAGUACCACAACAUCCACAUCACUUUGUUCCAUUAGAUUCAACCACAACUUCCACAGCAAUUCCGACGUCCACAACAGCCGGAACUACUUCAACUUCCACCGCGAUCCCAACAUCGGACUCUACGACAACGUCGAUUACAAGUUCAUCAACGGAGUCAAUGACAACAUCCACUGCGAUUCCUACCAAUUCCGACGUCUACAACAGCAGGAACUACUUCAACUUCCACCGCGAUCCCAACAUCUGACUCUACGACAACGUCCACUACAAUCCAUUAUCUUCAACGACAACUUCAACAGUAAUUCCGACGUCCACAACAACCGGAACUACUUCAAGUUCCACCGCGAUCCCAACAUCGGACUCUACGACAACGUCCAUUACAACAUGUCAGACAUCAACAAAUACAACAUCCACCGCCAUCCCAACAUCCAACCCUACGACUACGUCCACUGCAAGUUCAUUAGAUUCAACCACAACUUCCACAGCAAUUCCGACGUCCACAACAGACGGAACUACUUCAACUUCCACCGCGAUCCCAACAUCGGACUCUACGACAACGUCCAUUACAAGUUCGUCAACGGAGUCGACGACAACAUCUACUGCGAUUCCCACGUCCACAACAACAACCGAAACCUGUCAAACAUCAACAAGUACAGCAACCUCCGCCAUACCAACAUCCAACCCUUCGACUACGUCCACUGCAAGUCCAUUAGAUUCAACGACAACUUCCACAGCAAUUCCGCCGUCCACAACAACCGAACCGGAACUACUUCAACUUCCACUGAGAUCCCAACAACAGACUCUACGACAACGUUGAUUACAAGUUCGGCAACGGAGUCGACGACAACAUCCACAUCCACCCCUACGUCCACAACAACAACUGAAAGUACCACCACAUCCACAACACCUUGUGUAGACGACCCUAAUCUUCCAGCAUGUCAGACAUCAACAACUACAACAUCCACCGCCAUCCCAACAUCAAACCCUACGACUACGUCCACUGCAAGUCCAUUAUCUUCAACGACAACUUCAACAGAAAUUCCGACGUCCACAACAACCGGAACUACUUCAACUUCCACCGCGAUCCCAACAUCGGACUCUACGACAACGUCCACUACGAUUUCGUCAACGGAGUCAACGACAACAUCCACAUCCACUCCUACCAUGUCAGACAUCAACAACUACAACAUCCACCACCAUCUCAACAUCCAACCCUACGACAUCCACUGCAAGUCCAUUAUCUUCAACGACAACUUCAACAGAAAUUCCGACUACAGCAACCUCCGCCAUACCAACAUCCAACCCUUCGACUACGUCCACUGCAAGUACAUCAGAUUCAACCACAACUUCCACAGCAAUUCUGACGUCCACAUCAACCGAAAGUACUUUAACAACCACAACAACAACUGCGAGUACUACAACAUCAACCGCGAUCCCAUCAUCCUCAACAUCGGACUCUACGACUCCGUAUACCACAAGUUCAUCUACUGCGUCAACUACAACAUCUACGGCAUUUCCAGCAUCCACAACAACCGAAAGUACUUCAACAUCCACAAAAACAGAAGAAAGUACUACAACAUCUACCGCGAUCCCAACAUCUUCCACAUCAGACUCUUCGAUUACAUCCACUGCAAGUACAUCAGAUUUAACGACAACCUCUACAGCGAUUCCCACGUCCACAUCAACCGAAAGUACUUCAACAACCACAACAACAACUGCGAGUACUACAACAUCAACCGCGAUCUCAUCAUCCUCAACAUCGGACUCUACGACUCCGUAUACCACAAGUUCAUCUACUGCGUCAACUACAACAUCUACGGCAUUUCCAGCAUCCACAACAACCGAAAGUACUUCAACAUCCACAAAAACAGAAGAAAGUACUACAACAUCUACCGCGAUCCCAACAUCUUCCACAUCAGACUCUUCGAUUACAUCCACUGCAAGUACAUCAGAUUUAACGACAACCUCUACAGCGAUUCCCACGUCCACAUCAACCGAAAGUACUUUAACAACCACAACAACAACUGCGAGUACUACAACAUCAAUCGCGAUCCCAACAUCCUCAACAUCGGACUCUACUACUUCGUACACCACAAGUUCAUCUACUGCUUCAGCUACAACAUCUACGGCAAUUCCAACGUCCACAUCAACCGAAAGUACUUCAACUCCCACAACAAUAACCGAAAGUACUACAACAUCUACUGCGAUCCCAACAUCCUCCACAUCGGACUUUACGACUACGUCCUCUGCGUCAACCUCCACAGCAAUUCCGACGUCCACAACAAUCGGUAUAACGACAUCCACAGCUAUUCCACCAACCACAGAAUCGCUGAAACUGUGGCAGAAACUGCAGAUUACAUCAAUGCCUCAGUCCGUUACUUCGCUGUGCCACUUUUAUCCACGCCUGUGCUUGAAACCGGAGGAGGCCCAAUUUGUACGUCUGGCCGAUGA